ACUACACAGUGGAGAACCUCAUCCGGAUGGGCGUGGCUGGCUUGGUCCUGGUGGUGCUCGGGGUGCUGCUGUUUCAGGCUCGAAACGACACCAGAGGGACCCUCAAUGCAGCGAGGAUGAGUGUGGGCCUCAGGACCCCAGUGCAGGCAGGGCCCCUCCCCAAGCCCACCCUCUGGGCUGAGCCAGGCCCUGUGAUCCCCCAGGGGAGCCCCAUGACCAUCACCUGUCAGGGGACCCCAGGGGCUGAGGAGUACCAUCUAGGAAAAGAGGGAAACCAAGCACCAUGGAAAACACGGAAUCCACAGGAGCCUGGGGACAAGGCCAACUUCUUCAUCACACACAUGACAGAGCGUCAUGCAGGGAUAUAUCGUUGUUACUAUCACAGUCCCACUGGCUGGUCAGAGCGCAGUGACCCCCUGGAGCUGGUGGUGACAGGAUCCUACAGGAAACCCAGCCUCUCAGCUCUUCCCAGCCCUGUCAUGACCUCAGGACAGAAUGUGACCCUCCAGUGUGGAUCACGGCAGGGAUUUGGCAGGUUCCUUCUGACUAAGGAAGGAGAUCACAGGCUCUCCUGGACCCUGGACUCACAGCAACAGCCCAGUGGGAAGUCCCAGGCCCUGUUCCCUGUGGGCCCCGUGACCCCCAGCCACAGGUGGACGUUCAGAUGCUAUGGCUGUUACAGGGACAGACCCCAGGUGUGCUCACACCCCAGUGAUGACCUGGUGCUCCUGGUUCCAGGAGACGUCCCCAAACCCUCCAUCUGGGCUGACCCAGGACCCAUCGUCACCAAGGGGAGCCCCGUGACCAUCUGGUGUCAGGGGUCUCUGCAGGCUAGUGCCUACGUUCUGUAUAAAGAGAGGGGCUCUGAGCCCUUCGAUACGAGAAUCCCACAGAACUCCAGCAACAAGGCCAAUUUCCUAAUUGAAGCCACAACCCAAUCCCUCGCAGGGCUGUACCAGUGUGCAUAUUACAGCACUGGGGACAUACUCUCAGAGCUGAGUGACCCCCUGCUCCUGGUGGUGACAGGAGUGAGCGGUGCACCCUCCCUCUCAGCCCAGCCAAGUCCUGUGGUGGCCUCAGGAGGGAACGUGUCCCUGUCCUGUAGCUCUAACAUCACAUCGGGCCAUUUCCAUCUGCUGAAGGAGGGAGGGGCUGACCCGCCUCAACGUAUGAAAGCAAAAUGGAGUAUCCAUGCUCGGAUGUGGCAAGCCAUCUUCCCUCUGGGCCCCGUGAGCCCCUCCCAUGGAGGGACCUACAGAUGCUAUGGUUCUUCCAGCUUCUAUCCCAACGUGUGGUCACAGCCCAGUGCCCCUCUGCACAUCGAGGUCACAGGUGUGCACAGGGAGCCCGCCCUCUUGGCCCAGCCAGGCUCGCUGGUGCUGCCUGGACACAGCCUGACCCUCCGGUGCCACGCGGAGGCCGGCUUUGACACAUUCGCUCUGACCAAGGACGAGGGGCUCACACACCCCCAGCGCCUCAAUGGGCAGCACAGCCCCCACUUCCCCCUGGACCAUGUGACCCCCACCGACGGGGGCAGCUACAGAUGCUACAGUGGACACAGCCUCUCCUCUGUGUGGUCGGCCCCCAGUGCCCCCCUGGACAUUCUGGUGGCAGGAGGGGAGCCAGCCCUGCCCCUGUCCUGA